GCUCUCUCUCUGGCUUUCUUUGCCGCGGCGAUAAGCUGCCCGCCCCGAUGCAUAGCUGCAAAAAUCGACUUUUUCCGGAUCUCAGAUAGCCGUCCACCGUUUGCGCCGUCUCUGCCGUGUAUGGUUGUGGACACCCCUGCUGUGCCUUCCUAAGGGAAUAGAAGAGACAGAAGCUGACUGAAGUGCAGACCUAGAAGAUGUUUCACCUCGUUGGAGUCGUUGCUCGGCUGCGUUCUUCGUUCACUGUGUGCGGACCGUGGGAACCUGCCUUUUGGUGACUUCACGUUAUGUGCAUGCGCUCUAGUGACAUCCUGCGCAAGAGGCCUUCCCUAGCCCAUGCAUGUGUUUCGCUUGUUGUCUUUUCCGCGCGCUUGACGCUCUCCGCCAGCGAGUUGCUGGGCCAUCCGUCAGCCGCUUGCCGGAGACAGUUUCCUCUCCUCCCAGGAGCCGCAAAACGCAGCGGCGACCCUCGCAAUCUUUCGGCAGCAAAUAGUGUCAAGCAUCGCUGGGCUGCAGGGGUGUCGAGAAGCCAGCCGCCUGUUCCCGGUUUGAGAGUUCCAACGCCUUCAUUUCGGGAGCGUUGCUUCCCAGCAAGGUGCGGGUGUGCAGACUGUCGAACUUUGUUACUGGAUGACACGAUCUCUCGAAGGUACUGUGGUAAGCGCCGGGCCACUGUUUCUCCCGUUCCGUCUCGUGCCUCUGCUUCGAACUUGAACGUGGAACAUGGAGACUUUCUCACACGCUCUACCUCGUAUGCGUCUCCGUCUCGAACUCCAGUCCUUUCAUAUUUAUCGCCACUGAAAGCACCUUCUUGUCCAGAGCUUGAUCGACACAGUUGCGUGUCUCCGGCUGAAAGGCCGUUCUGUCUCGGGGGCAAGUGCGGCAGUUCUAUCGCGCCCCCAGAAGACGCCUGCGCGUCUGCGUCUCGCUCAAGCUCUGCUUCCUCGUCGCCGUUCAAAAGUCGCUUCGCCAUCCCGGGAGACUCCGAGUCUGAAUCGGAGGUUCCUGCUCUCCCUGAAGAAGUGGAGUCGGUUGACCAGCCUCCUUCGAUUGGAGAAACUCUUUUUCGACAAACGCUGCCCCCGCUGCCUCCUUCCUGCAAACAGCCGCCCUCCUCAGCAUUCAAGCUCGAAGAAAACAUCUGUCCGGUAUGUCGCGUCGGCUGUCGAGACACUUACCACGCGUGCUCGGCGAACGGCGCACGGCGCCGGGCCUCCCCGCUGUCAGGUGGUGGAUCGACACCCGGACUCCGGCUCUCUCGCAGCUCCUCUCUGCAUGCGCUUCUAAGAGAAGAGGCCGACGACGACACCGCUGGGCUGACCCAUGGACAGAGAGGGUGUAUCUGCGCAGUUCACAUCAAAAGUGAAUCUGGACAAAGCGUCUGUAGGGGAAGGAACACACGCGGGAGAAGUGCAGCAACUGAAACGUCAGACUCCAGUGGGGACAGUGCAAGCAGUCCUUCCAGCUGUAGCUCAUGCGGUUCGGACUCUUCGUCAAACACACAUCGCUCUCUGUCGCGUCUCUCUGCUUCUCCCACUCGCCCCGCGAGGAGUCCUUGUGUCCAGACCUCCUUUUCCAAGUGUCGCGACACCGCGAGUCCUUCCCCUCCUCGGAAGGCUUCUGCCUGUGCUUCUCGACUCCCCUGCGGUCUCUCUCCCUGUCGUUGGAGCGCCUCUUGUUUCCCUCCAGAACCUCUGUCCUGCCCAGAUGGUUCUUGCCGUCCUGUUGCGUACGCUCGUUCUGAAAGCACUCUCUGCUCUGCGCAAAGACCCUCAGCGCCAUCGAGCUCAACCAGCGUCCCCCCACAUCGUCCAAAGGCUCUGCGUCCGCGAGGAAAGACGGUCUCUGCCGCGGCGGCGUUCGCGGCCUCCACGAAAGAGAAGAAAACUGGAACGUCGAGUUCCGCGGCAAGAGCUGGAAGUUUCAGAGCCCCCGCGAUCCGCAGGAGCCCCGACGCCCUCGCUCGCAGAGCAGCGGCGGCGGAGUUCGCUGCGAUUCACAGACGGCAGGCCUCAGUCCGGAGACAGUCUCCGUCGACACGAAUUGCGAGCAGGAAGACGAAAUCCAAAACCAUCCGUUCGUCGCCUACGCACGGAUUUUCCGCGCAAGAACAAGUCGAGAAGAGAGCUCGAAACGCGAGAGCAACUCCGAAAAAGAAACACGAAGACCGUGCGUGUACCUCCCCAACAGCUGCAGCUGCCACAGCACUCGCCUGCGCCCUUGCGGCUGCAGAGGCGCCUGUGGAGAGAGCGCUGGCGACGUCGGCUCUGUUUGCGAGUCCCAAGAAAGAGACCUGGAAGGUGGACACACCGUCGCAGGAACCCAAUGGCCUUGAGAGAAGACAGCCGAAGCGAGGUGGAAAACCGCAGAGUUCAGCCGCCUUCCAGAGACUCACUCGCGCCUCAGCACCUGAUAAGAAAAAACGCACUUUUUCCACUGGCGCCAGUGCGCUCACAGCGACUUGGAGCGUCCGCGGCGCCUGGCACUCGUCGAGUUCCUCGGGGGUCUCUGUCACGACGCCUCUGGGAGAAACAGACAAGGUCUGGGCGCUCGGUGGGACAACUGUGGGCGCCAAGAAAACACUACCGAAGCCUCGAGACGUUCCAGAAAACGCGGCAAAAACUGCAGCUGCGGCUGCGGUUUUGGCAGCAGCCGCAGCGCUCAUGGGCAGCUCCACCGGCGCCUCGUGCCAGGCUGUAUGUACAGCUGAGAGGCUGGCGGAGGAAGCCCGAGCGUGGGUGGCCUCGUUGGAGGCGACUCCGUUUCCGAGGCUACGCUCAGGAGAGCAUACAUUCACCGGAAGUUCUCGCGCCCCUUCACUUUCAGAGGCGACCCUCGAAACCGCAAGAGCUGCUGUCAAGAGUGCAGAAGCAGCUCUUCUGCGACUGCAGAAAGACUGUUGCUCUUCUGCGUCGCUGGAGUCCAAGCAGAGCGAAGGCACAGGUGAGAAACCUUUAGGGACUAGGAGCGUUACAAGAGGGACACGAACGGCAGCUGAAAGCCCAGUGUCGAGACAGUUUGGACGGCCACACACAUCGAGCGCUGGAGAGCGACAAAGUGCGAAAGAAAGCCGGUGUUGGAACGAGCGGGAACGCGACAAAGUGGAGAGUCUCAUAGAGGAACAUGCGUCGGAAAAACAAGGCUCCAGCACCGCUGUGUCGUCGGGCAAACACCGGCCGCGAGGGGCAACGGCGGCUGCGCGUGCAGGUCCCCAAGCAGCGAUUCCAGCUGUCGAAACUGCGGUGUAUGUACAAGCGAAGCGAGGGCGGAAGGCGGACGCGCGCGAGUGUCUGAAAACGCCCGAAUCGACAUCGGAGGAAAGCGAAGGUGACAGCAUCGUCUCUUUGCAGUCUCCGAGCAAGAAAGACGCGAGGGCAAAUCGAGAAGCGGCCGAGGGGAAGAGGGCGGAAAGUAAGGAGAAGAGAAGAGAGAAGGAGACAACCAGCUCAAGUUCAACACCCACCAGUGGACAAGGAGCUUCAGAAAGGGACUCCGACGCAGAACGUGGAAGUUCAGUCUGUUCCGCUCAUGUCUCUGACACAACAGAAAAACCUAUGCCCGAGCACAUGGACGAGAUGGCUAGCCGCCGUGAUGGAGCGGUGCGAACAGGGAAGGCAAAAGGAAAACGCGACAAAGCAACGCACGAUGAAAGAUGGAGCUCUGAUGUCUCUGGGCAGGGUGUCUUCUCUCUCUCAGCCGCUGUCCCUCUGAGUCUACCGCAAGACGAACAGCCGCCGUCUCUUGUUGCCUCGGUGGGGAAGUCCUCGACUCCCCUUUUUCCAUUGGCGGCUGCGGCGGCGGGUGCCCAUACGUCCCAGGAGGAGGGCGACGGGGAUACGGAGAGAGGAGACCACCUGGCGAACGAGACGGGAGAUAACGGAGACUACAACACAUUAAACGAGAGUCUAGGAGACGAGGCAUACGGCACGAACAAGGGGAUGAAAGAGAGCACACGGGAGGCGAAGUCGUCGAGGAACACUCAGGUAGAAGAGAGAAAAGACGACUUCAAAUGGGAGAAGCCAAAUGCAACGCAUGCAACAGACGAGACUGGCGAGAGGAAAGCAUCAUCUGUCUCCUCCACGCCUGCCUGCGGAGACACGAUCAAGGACGAGAAGCCAGGGUCCUCUAAACCGAAAAAGAAGAAGAAAAAAGAGAAGCGAGAGGGGAAAGCCCCCAAGACUGAAGACGUGGAGCAAAAGGCAGCGGCGGGGGAGACAUCGGUAUCCAAAUUGCCCGAGAAUAAUGAUGCCGAGCACUGUUUCUCACCUCCCGGUUCUGCGGAGGGAGUACCAGCCAGACUCCAGUCGACUGAAGAACCGAAGGGAGAUGACAGAAGCCAGGAGAACGAGAGAAGCACCCUGCCACUCGGAGAGACGCUCGAGGCAUCUGGUGCCCCCGAUCCAGGUCUGAGGCGCAGCCUUUCGGGUGUACAGACACUGGUCGAGCCGUCAGAGCAAAAGCCGGUGCCCAGGAAGCUCAGCAAUGGACCCGCGCGUGCAGCGGCAAUGGAGAAAGCCGCCGCCGGUCUUUCGUCAGCAGCAGAAAACAUGGCAAAAACGGCAGCACUGUUGAGACAGCACGCCGAAGAAGACGCGGAGGAUUUCGCGACAGAGGGAAGGCCGCGAAGAAGAAAGAAGAAGGAGAAGGCGACAAACAGCGAGGGACAGGAAACGGACCGAAGGGGGACGGAGCAGGGAAGGCAUGCGAUAGGGGAGAGAGAAGCGAAAAAGGGAGAAGGAAAGAGCCGCGAGAAGGAGAAUAAGGAUUGCUCGAGUGUAGACGAAAACGAAAAGACUGCGGAGGCUUCUCGAGGCUCGCCAGAGGCGGGGCACAAAGCGGCGAAGGGCGAGAGGGAAGAGGGGGAGGAGGCAGAGACGAAGAAGAAACAUGGAAAGAAGAAAGAAGGUGAAGAGAAAGAAGCGCUGCAUGAAGAUGCGAGCGGGAUGGGCGCGAUGAAAAGCGAACAAGGAAGCAAGCGUAGAAAGGCGAGAGAAGAUGCAGAAGCCGCUGCGGCAGCGAAAUUCCUGCUGCCUGCCGAAGAGUCGGAAACUCGACAAGCGACCGAGAACAAACAGCAGGCGCAGAGGCCCGACGCAAGCGCGGCGUCUAGGAACGGAGAGGCGGAGGCGAAGGACAAGCGCAAAAAGUCGAAAAAAGAAAAAGAUGGAAGAAACGCGAAGCAGGACUCUGAAGCUGAGAACUCGCACGGAGGACGGCGAGAGCGACCGAAGAGCGAGAGAAAGAAAGAAAAAGAAAGAGAGCCUGAAUGA